AUGGAAACAAAUCUGCAUGGGUCGCGGCGACGGGCAGCGAGGCGCGGCGAUGGGCGGCGAGGCGUGGUGAUGGGCGGCAGCGGGGAGGAGGAGGUCGUCGAGGCGAGGCGCGGCGUCGGGGAGGAGGAGGUCGUCGGAGGCGGAGACGGUGGAGAAGCUCGCCGGAGUCUUCCCGGUGCCUGUCCUUCAAAGGCGGCUUCUUCACCGCGAGCACGCCGGCGGAACCAGGAACGAUGGCCGUGGAGGAAGUUGUGGUGGCGGUGGAAGGAGGGUGAGCGGAGGAGGCAGGGGAGGGCGGCGGCUGGUGCUGGCGGAGUGGUGGUGGUUUCUGUGGAUUGGACAUGGUUGAUGGGAGAAGAAGAAGAAGAUUUUGGGAUUCGAGGUGGAGGCGGCGGGGCGACGAGGUGGAGGCGGCGGGGCACCGGUGGAACGUUGACGAUGGUGGUCUCUGUUAGGCGAGAUUGCGAGAAGGGGGAAGGGGAAGGGCUGCGCGAGAUUGCGACAGUAAGGGGGGGAAGGUCGAUUGAUUUGGGAAUUGGGAGAGGAGGAUCGGCUGCUUAG